GGUUCCGGGGCGCCUUGGAGCUCGGGACCUUUGGGUCCCGCGCGGCACUCUUCAGAUUCCGGGGCCGCGCGUCCUGCGGCGGUCCGGAUGGAGGAGGCCGGAGCGGUAGUGGCUGCGGCCGGGGAGGUUGAACUGAACCUGUCCCGCCUCAGUGUGCCUCCUGAGACGCUGGAGACGGAGUUGGAGGCGCGGGGCGAGGAACGGCGCGGCGCGCGGGAGGCGUUGCUGCGGCUGUUGCUGCCGCACAACCGUCUGGUGUCUCUGCCGCGGGCACUGGGUAGCGGCUUUCAGCACCUCCAACUGCUAGACGUGAGCGGCAACGCGCUGACCGCUCUAGGGCCGGAGCUCCUCGCGCUAAGCGGCCUGCGCACGCUGCUGGCCAAGAACAACCGGCUCGGCGGGCCCGGUGCGCUGCCCAAAGGCCUGGCCCAAUCGCCGCUUUGUCGCACCCUCCAAGUGCUAAACCUCAGCGGCAACUGCUUCCAGGAGCUGCCUGCCUCGGUGCUCGAGCUGCGCGCGCUGCAGACCCUGAGCCUGGGCGGUAACCAGCUGCAGAGCAUCCCCGCCGAGAUCGAAAAUCUGCAGAGUUUAGAGUGUUUAUAUCUUGGAGGAAAUUUCAUCAAAGAAAUACCCCCCGAAUUAGCAAAUCUGCCUUCUCUAAAUUACUUGGUAUUAUGUGACAACAAAAUCCAAAGUGUGCCUCCUCAGCUUUCACAGUUACAUUCGCUUCGUUCCCUAAGUCUUCACAAUAAUUUGCUGACAUACCUGCCUCGAGAAAUCCUCAACCUUAUUCAGUUGGAAGAGUUGAGUUUGCGAGGAAACCCAUUGGUGGUUCGUUUUGUUAGAGAUUUAACCUAUGAUCCUCCAACUCUCCUGGAGUUAGCUGCACGGACUAUUAAAACCCGAAACAUUUCCUACACUCCCUAUGAUCUUCCUGGAAAUCUUCUCAGAUACUUGAGUUUAGCCAGCAAUUGCCCAAACCCAAAAUGUGGAGGAGUCUACUUUGACUGCUGUGUUAGACAAAUUAAAUUUGUGGACUUCUGUGGGAAGUACCGCCUCCCACUGAUGCAUUACUUGUGUUCCCCAGAAUGCUCUUCCCCUUGCAGUUCUGCCUCUCACAGCUCCACAUCCCAGAGUGAAUCAGACUCAGAAGAUGAAGCCAGUGUUGCUGCGCACAGAAUGCAGAAAGUUCUCCUUGGUUGAAAAGAACGCAGUGUGGUGUGAAACACUAAAAGACUGUGCUGAAAAGGUGGUUAGAGAAGAAAUAGUUUGAAGUUCACUAGAACCUCAACACAUUUUCAUCUUGAAUAUCUACAUAAGUAUUGGAGAUGAUGUGAAAGAUUUUGUGUUUCAUUUAUUCCUCAGCAGGAACAAAUCCAGUUGCAUAUUUGGAUUCUUUGAAUAUAAUUUACUCUGAAUGGCAAUUUCAAAUUUGGCUAAUUAUUUGCAGUUUUCACUCAAGUUUUGCAUGAAUCACCCAGCAGAAUGAAUGAUACAUUCUGAAGAUCAGUACUGUAAUAAACCAUGACUUGUGGCAGUUGAGAUGAAGAAAGAAACUAUGAGAGCUGUUACUAUUACCAGAGUUGGCCUUGGGUUUAGGUUGAAAAUUGUCU